AUGAAGUCAUGGACGGUGCUCUCAAUCCUCCUCGUCUUGUACGGCGGAAUAUCCUGCGCACAAGCAGGAACAUCAAAGGGCAAGAGCCCUACUGCAAAGUUUUAUGAGAGAAUGCAGUACAUUCCGUUUAUCUGGUACCAGUGCUAUCGCAACGGGAGCUUCCUGGAAACGCCGAAUACCAUUAUUACGUCAGGGCUGUGGGAUGGAACAUCUGGAAACAACGAGUGUGCCAAAAACACAAUAUGGGAGAUAUUUAACGGAACAGCACGAAGCAGUACAACGACAACUUUUUCUACCUACUACGAUCCAGAAUCCGAGGUUGGAUAUCUAACUAUUAACGGAACAUUGCACGAGUCCUUCACAAUCUUGCAGGAACCCUAUAAAGAAAUGGCUUACUUUGUGGCAUAUGGUAAGCUGCAGAAUAUACUCCCUGUAGUGUACAAGAUAUAUGACAGGGUGGAAAGCUGCGUCAACGCCGAUCAGCUUCUGCCUAUGGUUUGCCCUGACGGGUGUGGGAUGAUUUCAACCAAGUUGAACCUUUCGCCGUAGGUCGGAUGCAAAUGCGGACUACGUGAUACUUGAGCCCUUCAAUUUAUAUGUAUAU